AUGAGUAAGAAAAUCACUAAAGACACCGGUGGUAAAGGCAUUAGUGGUUGUGGUAAAGACAACAAUUCUAGUUUAUUUGAUAAAUAUGGUGGUAGUAGUAAUAGUAGUAGCGGCGGCGGUAGUGAUACGAAUAAAUAUAAUAACACUAGUAAAAGUUAUACGACAAACAAAUACGGCGGUAGCAGCAGCAGCCAUAACCGCACUACAGAUAAAUACGGCAGUAGCAGCAGUAACAACAAUCGUAGCCGUAGUGGUUACACCACAGACAGAUACGGUGGUAGCGGCAGCGGCGGCGGCAGCAGCAUCAGCAGCAGCACAACAACAACAACAAUAGUAGUAGUAGUAUAA